AUGAACCGGGAAAAGCCGGGACCGGGACCGUGGCCUUCGAGGCGUCGAUCGAGCAAUUCGCCAUCACCUCGACCCGACCUGCUCAAGGUGUCUAGCUCACAGUCGAGCCUCGCACGUUCGGCACCCAAUUCGCCUCGGAUAAAACCGGCCAAGGGUGAACGUGAAGCCACAGCUUCACCCGUAUCGAAAGCCAAAUCGACGACUCGGGCCAACUCGAACCCCCCGGAACUGGAUCUGAACGACCGAGAACUUGGCGCAGAGCUGAGGAGCCGGCUGAGCGGGCACCCGGGGCAUGCAAGACGGAACAGCAGUACGCACAGGGUGUUGGAGACGUUGGACGCCAAACAUCACGCCAACGAAAAGGGUCAGAGGAUGGUCAACCAGUACGCUCUGGGUCCGUUGAUCGGGCGAGGUGCGUACGGGAAUGUCGAAAAGGGAAUAGACGUCGGGACGGGGCAGGAAUACGCCAUCAAAGAGUUCUCGAAAUCCCGGUUAAAGCGGCAGCAGCAGUUGUCAUCCGCGAGCCGGAUUCGGAAACCCAAGUUUGAGGAGGAUUCGGCCAACCAGGGCAGCGAUGACAGGGGCACGAGCAAGGCCAAGGGCAAUGUCAAGGGAAAGGGCAAGGGCAAAGAUGACGACGAGGACCCACUGGCUCUCAUUCGGAGAGAGAUUGCGGUUAUGAAGAAGUUGGAUCAUCCGAAUCUGGUCCUGCUCUAUGAAGCCAUCAACGUCAACACGUCCGACUCGCUGUAUCUCGUGCUCGAAUACGUUCCAGGCGGUACAUUGAUGGACAUCAAGGUCGGAGGUAAACCCUCGAAAUCGCUCGACAAGGAGAAGGCCCGAUCCUACUUUCGACAACUCACCCUGGGUCUCGAGUAUCUCCAUUCCGCCGGCGUGACACAUCGGGACAUCAAGCCCGACAACGUCUUGUUAAGCGCGGAUCGAACGCAAGUCAAGUUGUGUGAUUUCGGCGUCUCGGAGAUGUUUACAGCAGGAGACGACCGGAUGAAGAAGAGUGGAGGCAGUCCGGCUUUCAUGAGUCCCGAAGCAGCGAUUCUGACCCAGGGCGACGUACACGCCAAACCCGUUGACAUUUGGGCGAUGGGUGUCACGCUAUAUUGCAUGCUUCGUGGAAGCCUGCCGUUCGAGGCUGAUAACCCGCUGGAUCUGUUCGAGGCGAUCAAGGAGCAAGAACCUCAUAUCCCGCCCGAAUGGGACGACGAUGUAAAGGACUUGGUCAGCCGGAUGCUCAAGAAGGACCCGGACGAGAGGAUGGUCAUUGAGGAGAUGAGAGAACACCCAUGGGUGACAAAGAACGGCGAGGAUCCGAUGCCCACAACAGAUCAGAACCUGUACGAGAUCGGUAAACAGGUGGAAGAGCCGAGCGAAGAGGAAGUGGGCAAUGCCAUUUCCACCUUCAGGGCCUCUUUGUGA